CCUGGCUUCGUACAUCUGUGACGCAUGAUUGCCAACAAGGUAUUCUGCAUCGUGUCAUCCUUCGUGACCUGUGUACGCGUGUUAUAAUAGCCUAGCAUGAAAACUGUACAGUUUGAAUGUAGGCGCUCGCUGUACAUGUAUUCUGUGCCCAUAGGAUGUCAGAAACAAAAGACUCAGUCCAUACAUUCAUGGUUCAACAAUGAAAUAUGCGCGUUUGAAGUUCGAAGUUGGUAUCCACGUAGAGACCAUUCGUUUACACUAGCUUUGGUGAGCUGGUCGAAAUGCAGUGGAAUUGUCUACUUCGAGUGCUCCUUGCCUGUCUCUUCUCAAACAGCAGACAUGUUACUGCGCAGUCUUCUGAAGUUGUAGCCACUAUAGAUGAUUUUACAUCAGCCAUUGUAGAAUCUACUGUUCCAGUCAUUGUUCAGUCUACUGCUCCAGUUAUUGUCGAGUCUACUGCUUCAGUCAUUGUUCAGUCUACUGCUCCAGUUAUUGUCAAGUCUACUGCUCCAGUUAUUCCAGUCUUUGUCGAGUCUACUGCUUCAGUUAUUGCAGAAUCUACUGCUCCAGUCAUUGUAGAGUCUACUGCUACAGUGCUCGUUGAGUCUAUUGCUCCAGUUAUUGCAGAAUCUACUGCUCCAGUCAUUGUCGAGUCUACUGCUCCAGUCGUUGUCGAGUCUACUACUGCAGUGAUUGUCGAGUCUACUGCUUCGGUCAUUGUUGAGUCUACUGCUCCAGUCACUGCAGAAUCUAGUACUCCAUUCAUCAUCGAGUCUACUGCUCCAGUUACUGCAGAAUCUAGUACUCCAUUCAUCAUCGAGUCUACUGCUUCAGUCAUUGCAGAAUCUACUGCUCCAGUCAUUGUAGAAUCUACUGCUCCAGUCAUUGUCGAGUCUACUGCUCCAGUCGUUGUUGAGUCUACUGCUCCAGUCGUUGUCGAGUCUACUACUGCAGCGAUUGUCGAGUCUACUGCUCCAGUCAUUGUUGAGUCUACUGCUCCAGUCAUUGCAGAAUCUGCUGCUCCAGUCAUUGUCGAGUCUACUAUUCCAUUCAUUGCAAAAUCUACUGCUCUGGUCAUUGUUGAGUCUACUGCUCCAGUCAUUGUAGAAUCUACUGCUCCAGUCAUUGUCGAGUCUACUGCUCCAGUUACUGCAGAAUCUAGUACUCCAUUCAUCAUCGAGUCUACUGCUCCAGUCAUUGCAGAAUCUACUGCUCCAGUCAUUGCAGAAUCUACUGCUCCAGUCAUUGUUGAGUCUACUGCUCCAGUUAUUGCAGAAUCUAGUACUCCAUUCAUCAUUGAGUCUACUGCUCCAGUCAUUGCAGAAUCUACUGCUCCAGUCAUUGUUGAGUCUACUGCUCCAGUCAUUGUAGAAUCUACUGCUCCAAUCAUUGUCGAGUCUACUGCUCCAGUCGUUGUCGAGUCUACUGCUCCAGUCGUUGUCGAGUCUACUACUGCAGCGAUUGUCGAGUCUACUGCUCCAGUCAUUGCAGAAUCUACUGCUCCAGUCAUUGUUGAGUCUACUGCUCCAGUCAUUGUAGAAUCUACUGCUCCAGUCAUUGUCGAGUCUACUGCUCCAGUCAUUGUUGAGUCUACUGCUCCAGUCAUUGUAGAAUCUACUGCUCCAGUCAUUGUCGAGUCUACUGCUCCAGUCGUUGUCGAGUCUACUACCGCAGUGAUUGUCGAGUCUACUGCUCCAGUCAUUGUUGAGUCUACUGCUCCAGUCAUUGUAGAAUCUACUGCUCCAGUCAUUGUCGAGUCUACUGCUCCAGUCGUUGUCGAGUCUACUACUGCAGUGAUUGUCGAGUCUACUGCUCCAGUCAUUGCAGAAUUUACUGCUCCAGUCAUUGUACAAUCUACUGCUCCAGUCAUUGUCGAGUCUACUGCUCCAGUCAUUGCAGAAUCUACUGCUCCAGUCAUUGUCGAGUCUACUGCUCCAGUCGUUGUCGAGUCUACUACUGCAGCGAUUGUGGAGUCUACUGCUCCAGUCAUUGCAGAAUCUACUGCUCCAGUCAUUGUCGAGUCUACUGCUACAGUCGUUGUCGAGUCUACUACUGCAGCGAUUGUCGAGUCUACUGCUCCAGUCAUUGCAGAAUCUACUGCUCCAGUCAUUGUCGAGUCUACUGCUACAGUCGUUGUCGAGUCUACUACUGCAGCGAUUGUCGAGUCUACUGCUCCAGUCAUUGCAGAAUCUACUGCUCCAGUCAUUGUUGAGUCUACUGCUCCAGUUAUUGCAGAAUCUAGUUCUCCAUUCAUCAUCAAGUCUACUGCUCCAGUCAUCCUUGAGUCUACUGCUCCAGUCGUUGUCGAGUCUACUGCUCCAGUUAUUACAGAAUCUACUGCUUCAGUCAUUGUUGAGUCUACUGCUCCAGUUAUUGCAGAAUCUACUGCUCCAGCCAUUGUCGAGUCUACUGCUCCAGUCAUUACAGAAGCUACUGCUCCUGUCACUUUGGAGUCUACUGCUUUUAUUGCGAUAGAAUCAACUGCUCAAAUUGCUGUAGAGUUGACUGCUUCAGUCAUCUCUGUUGUGGAGUCUCCUUCUCCAGUUGCUACUACGUCAGUCAUUGUGGAGACUACUGAUUUAGAGUCUACCACUCUAGUCUUACUUGAAGCAACUUCAUUGCCAUGUGUCCACACUACUCUUGUAUGUCUUCAGUAG